GCAACGCCUCGAUCCAUUAUCACUGACUCCUGCUGGGCUCGACUCAGCUUGCAGACUCCCGAGGGAACUGACACUCGGUUAUCAUUGGCACUGUGUCUGUGAUAACAUUAUCAUACUAACUUUUUCAUAAAAUACUGCUGUAAAUGUGUAGUAAAGCAACGUCCAGACUUUAACUCUGCUUCACUCACGUUUGUGAAAUAUGGUUAUCAAAACGCUACCCUGCAACUCUUCCGAGAGACCUUAUGAGACUCCGCCCCUCGGCCUCCCCUGCACCAACCAGCGCGCAGUCCUUUCAGCCCGACUCGUCAUACGCGUUCGGGAGUCGGUAAGCCCGCCUAGAUUUUCCAUUGUUCGCCCGAGAGGGCCUUGACGUCGCGCAGUUCAAUGACAAACUCGCCCUUAUAGGGAAAGAAUCGCUUAAGGUGAUUUGGUAUUCAUCGGUGAGCUGUUAAGCGUGGACGUUAAGUAAAAGUCAGUGUCUAGCAAUCGGCCAUAUUUGUCUUGGACGUAUGUCGGAGCGCAGGUCUCCAGGUAGAGCGCACCGCCCCGCAUCCCACCACGACACUCACACCAGCGUGGACGCACCCAGCAGUGACCUUUACCAGCCAUUGUGUGCGGGGAAGCCUCCUCCACCCACUGCAGUACCACAGAUCUCCCCUCCACACUAAUGGCUGCCGCAGAGAGGCGAACCAUUGUAAUAAUCGACUGGCAAGUGAUGUAAGCCGCCCUCUCAAGUGAGGAGUGGCGGCCUGAAGGAAAUCUAAUUUGUCCAGUUCUUAGUACGUGCGCCUCUGCCCCCUGGUGACUCUGGCGUGAACUACAGUGCCCGCCAAAACUGCCCCACCGCCGCAGAAAACCCCGUGCGAUCCCCGUGGAGGAUUUGUACUCAUCCUCGAACCCAAAUACCCCAAAAAUAAUCACCAGGAACGUCUCUGAGCCACCGCCAUGACGAGCUACAGCUACUCGUCCUCGCAGCAAGACCAGUGGAAGGAGAAUAACAACAAUAACACAACGAAUCUUAGCAGCGUGUCCUCUUUCUGCCCCAACACAGGUGCAGUGCCAGCUUCCCUCAGAGACCUCUACUCCAGGAACAGCUUCUCGUCGUCCUCAGGGUCAUCAGCAACGUCCCCUGCCUCGCCCCUGGACUUGACGCGCUACUCCCUGUCCUCCCUGCGUCAGUACGAGUUGGCGCAGCAAAUGGUGUCGCAACAAGGCGCCGUUAGCAAGUUUCUGGGGUCACUACGCCCGCCCGGGGUGAUCGGCGGCUCCAAGCCCAAGGUGGCCACGCCGCAGGUGGUGAACAAAAUCGAGCAGUACAAGAGAGAGAAUCCAACCAUUUUCGCGUGGGAAAUUCGUGAGAAGCUAAUUUCGGAAGGCGUGUGUACGAACUCCACCGCGCCUUCAGUCUCCUCUAUCAACAGAAUUCUCAGGAACCGGGCAGCUGAGAGGGCGGCAGCGGACUUCGCUAGGGCGGCGGGCUAUGGCUUUUAUAACCCGUACUUCCCUUGGGCCAACCCUGCACUCCUCUCGCCCCUGACCUCCACCCUGCCGCUCCAGGCUGCAGCCGUCGAGCAGGCCGCCAACACCGCCGCUGCCAAAGACAAGGGAACGCCCGCCUCAUCCGCUGGCCUCUCUGAUGGGGAAGGUUCUCCCUCACAUAAGGACGGGGCUUCUCUCUCUGUCCCGACACCAACAGACCUGAGCACCCACUCGCCGCACUCCAAUGAGGUCAGGUUUCGCCGCAACAGGACCACCUUCAGCUCAGAGCAACUAGAGGAGCUGGAGAAGGAGUUCGAGAAGACCCACUACCCUGAUCUGCCGACGAGGGAGAGGCUGGCGGAGAAAACCUUACUGUCAGAGGCGAGAGUACAGGUGUGGUUUUCCAACAGACGGGCCAAGUGGAGGCGGCACCAGCAGCUCAGUGUGCUCCGCCCCUACUCCUCCGACGACCCCCUCCCGCACUCCCCCACCACCACCUCCCCAUACUCCGAGGUGGUGUCGAGCCCAGACACCCCUCGCUCCCCUUCCCCAACGCCCCCGCCACCAUCCUCCACCGCUACUCUCCCCACCAUAGUCUCCACCACCACAGCCACCACCUCCGCCCCAGCCACAGUAACAGUAGCAGUGGGAACCGAAGAUACCAUCCGUGGCGGGUCGUUGGAGGGACAGUCUCCCCCGCGAGCCACGUCGACACCUCCGAUGCCUCUCCAUCGGCCACCUUCACCUCCUCGCCAUCCUCCGCCUUCACCCGUAUCUGCCGCCGCCCUCAACCUGUCCACCCCCAACCCGCUAGCCCACCCCAUGUCCCGCCUCCAUCAGAGUCCGCCCACAAGCUCUGUCAAGACUCCGAAUCGCCUCCCUCCCCCGCCCCUUCUCCCUGCCACCCUUCUCACACUGCCUCACUAUCCGGGGUUCUCCCUCGGGCGUGAUCUCACCCUCACGCCCAUUAACCUCUCCAGUGCCCACGCCCACGCUCGGGAGCUGAUGGCGGCCCAGGCUCGUAACUUCUUCAGAUCCGCCACUCAGACAGCUUAUUUUGGCGCCUCCCGAGACGAGGACGAUAGUGACAUUGAGGUGGAUCUCGAGCAUGAGAAGGAGGAGAAGAAAGGCGAGGCCGUGGAGGCUCAGGAUCUCAGCAUCAAGAGAAAGAGAGAAGAUGAGGAGGAGGAGAAAGCAGAGGAAGAUGAGAAGGAGCAAGAGAAGGAGGAGACAUGCGAAGAGAAGGAUGACACGGGUAUAGAAGAGGUGAUGGAGGAAGCUUAAUGAACAAGUGCCACGGGUCGGCGUGUCCACCUUUGUUGUCCACUCGCGUCCACAUCUUGGCUUCCUUUCGCUGACUCCACCUGUUCUUAUGUUUAGUUGCCUUCACGUUCUUUGUUCUGUUACUUUCUUUCCUUUUCCUUCUGCCGAGGGGUAAAAGCCUGUAUUCGAGUCACAUCAGAUAUAUGUUUUAAAAUGUUGCGGAAACUCCACUAGUUUUGUUCGUGGCAUAUUACGUUACUGCGCAGACAAUCCAGCACUUCAUUACGUCACAAAUAUUUCUGAUAUUAGAGGCUGAGUUCACAUUAGCUCAUAGUAACUGUCGGUCACACAAAUACCCUCAUGUUGACUUGCUCACGUCAGGGCACGACUGCUCCAAGCUGCGGUGACGACCCUCUCUCAGGGGACUUUGAGGGUGAGCUGAAAUAAUGACCUACUAGAUUACUUGUGACUGAUCUUCGUUAUACCUUAUUGAUGCAACAGGGCAAGGUAGGUCAGAGCAGGGCAUUCAAGUGUUAAUAAGCGACUCUGUAGAAUUAUUAUUACCUUAAACUAGAUAUAAGAUGUUACAAUUCUUAAUGAUAUGAUAUUCUGCGGUAACUCAGUAACUAUGUAUGCAAGACUACGGCCACGUCCCCGCCACACUAGCGCAGCCUCUCAGCGGCUUGUUACCUCUAGGCGAUCUUCGUAGGCUACAGCUUACUACUAUCAUGGAUGUAUCAUGUAUCCAGCGAUGUUUUAUCACCAGUUAAUAUGUACAGCACCAAAGAAGUAUUUUUAAUUGUAUGUGUGUGUGUGUGUGUGUGUGUGUGUGUGUGUGUGUGUGUUAGCUUCUCGCUGCCUCGCCAAAUGGAAUCGACAUGGAGCAGCAGUGAAUCAAACAUAGACUUAAGGCGGCGGGUCAGUCGGUCUUCAGCGCGGGGCGUGACGGGAGUUGCCUCGUAGUGACUGACUGACCCUCGAGUAACCUCUUACCUGUAUAGACCCUUGAGUAAUAUAAACCCGGUGCAUACCCAGCUAUAGGUCGGCUUGGCAAAGGAAAACCUCACGAGUGAUCCACGUUUUCGUGUAGUGUCGUUCAUUGUUAUGUUUUCUUUACUGUAUAUUUUUUGUGAGAAAGGUCUGUGAGUUGUCACGACAGGUGAAUACAAAGAUAAGGAUAAGCUGUGCACCUCUUUGAUUUUGCUCUCGUGACCAGAACCGUCCUGCUUUGUCCAGAUUUCUUGUUGAUUUACCGUCAUGUUGAUAUGUUUGUGACAGGUGAGGCGAGAAGCUGCGAGGCAGAUGACUUGUGGAGGAAGAAAUGUUAAACUAGUGAAUAAACAGGCAUUAAUGAAUGAUGUAAGAUUGACUUAGUAGAUGGCGACUGAUAAGAAGUGUUGCAAAAGAGGCGAGUAAGUAUAGUUAUGUUUUAGUAUCUUCAAGAUUUAAUUGAUUAAGUGAAAUAAGAUGAAAAGAGUUGAUGCGUUUCAUUUAUUUUAUUCUUCGUGACUCAAGCACUAAAUAGUAUACCUGCACUCUCCUGAUGAAUUACUUGUGCCUCCUGUGGCAUGUUAGGACAAGACGUGAUUUGUAGCGGCAUGAAAACGUAUUAUCACUCACACUUUUAAGCUUUACUCAUUCCCAAAGAAGAAGCUUAAAGCAUACCAUUAUUAUUAUUAUUCCCUCGGAGUAAUUGUCUCGGCGAGGAGUCCGGUGAAAACAGAGAGAGUGGACUUAAACAAAGGUCUACGUUCUCAUGCUGCUACAAAACACGCCUGCAUUGUAUGUGCGUCCUCUGUACUACGAAUCUCACUACGAAACCAAUGUACACGUCACUCGUCGAUGGAGGGCGGGGGUGUUGCAAUGCGGCGCCUUCGAGAACUACUCGCCGAGGUGGUCCGACGCAGCACUCCCGUCACACAGGCUCUGCAAUAGGCGCCGAGUAUCUAAGUAGAGCUGAAUUAAAACAAGACUACAGUGUUA